CCUUGCAGUUUUCUCCGAAACGGAAGAAAACAAACCAAACGUGAAGUGGGAGUAUAUAUUACAGUCAUGACUGGAGAAACUGGUUUUUAAACUUGUUUAAUGACACUGUGGCACAGUAUAGCUGUAGGCUGGCGGACCAGCAUACUUAACAGCUAGUGAUAACAACAUCCAACAACCAGCUAAACACAAACUGCUAAUUUAGCUAACAUAAACUCAAAAAGAAGAGGCUAACAGUCGACCAACGCGUUUUGGAUGAACAUCAUUAUUAACUUAUACUGAGCAACAAAAUGGACUGCAGCACAGCUGUCGCGGCCACUAAUGUGGUACACGACUCUCCAGGGAAGGACAGCUCCAGCUCUGAUGAUGACGUACCUCUCUCGAAGCUCCUAAAGAGGCCACAUAGUGAGGAGAAACAGUCACGUGAAAACACACGCAGCUUAACCUUCAGCUCCAAGACUAAUUCAAAAAAGGACAAAAGUGCUUCGGAUGACUCCUCAGAUGACAAGCCUUUGAUAAAAAUGAAAACAAUCUCUGCAGCAGCUAAGAAACCAGUGAAAAAAGGCAACAGGUCACCCAGAUCUAACGGCACUAAUAACAAGAAAGCAGAUUUGAAUGCAGAUGAUAGCUCUGACAAUGAGCCUCUCAGUAAGAUUGCCAAAAAGAAGCCUUUCUCAGUGCCUCCAAAAAAAUCCAUUGAUACAAAGGAUAAAAAAUCACUGGAUGACGAUGAUAGCUCGGAUGAUGAGCCUUUGAGUGAACUUGCCAAGAAACUUCCCUCCCAACAUCAGAGAAAGGCAUCUAGAAAACCAACCCCAGUCGUGAAAUCCAAAAGAAAUGCAGGAAGGAAAAAGGAAUCACUGGAUGACGAUGAUAGCUCGGAUGAUGAGCCUUUGAGUGAACUUGCCAAGAAACUUCCCUCCCAACAUCAGAGAAAGGCAUCUAGAAAACCAAUCCCAGUUGUGAAAUCCAAAAGAAAUGCAGGAAGGAAAAAGGUUAAAUAUGCAGAGUCUUCCAGUGAUAGCUCAGAUGAUAAACCACUGGCAACAAUAAAAAGGAAGUGGACAAAGGCUCCUAAACAACAAAAGACUUUGGCAAACAGCAAGAAAACAAGACCAAAACUUCAAGUCAAAUCACUAAAAGACCCUUCAUCCUCAGACAACAGCUCGGAUGAUGAUGAUGUGCCCUUGGUGAACCUCAUUGCCAAGAAGAAACCAGUGAAGAAAAACUCAAAGACGACAACUGUAUCGCAAGGCAGUGCGUCAAGAAAGAGACAAGGACUCUCUGAUGAAAGCUCAGAUGGUGAACCCUUGAUUAAUCUUGUAAAAAAGAACCGCACAGACAAACAAACAAAAACCAAAACAAAGGCUUCAGCUCCGAAGAAGACGGACACAACUCCCAAAAAGCCAAGAAAGAUGCCUGUGUCAGGGUCGUCAAGCAACAGCUCAGAUGAUGAACCCAUAAUCAAGGCAGCUAAACACCCACAAGUGACCAAAAUCCUGAGAAUAAUACUGGAGAGGUGUGAUGGCGAAGAAGCUGGGGCAACAGGAAGCCUGAACAAAACCAGUACAGACACAACGAUUGCUGAAAAGACCUCGAGCGAGGAGUCAGAGGGCCCAGAGGAAUCACCAGAAGAAGAAUAAGCAGAUGUAACAGGUUGAAGAAAUGGCUUGUUAUUGUUAUCGUUCACCUUCUGGACUGGGAAGUUCAAACCACCUAGUGGCUCCAAGUUUGAUGGACUUUCUAAAGUGUUCUAAAUCCCUCGGAGAGACACUAAAACACACACAGACACAGUUAGCUUUCAUGUAAAGGUCAACAGUGUGUUUUAUAUACAUUACAUGCACGUUAAUUUAUGGUGUUAAUAUUUUUACUCCCAUUUUUAAGUUUGGGACCAAAUUUUGUAGGUUCCUGAAAGAUUUUAUCACAGUCUUUGAUGUUAUUUUACUAUUUGUGCCUGUUGUUAUCAUUGGCUGUCUCCUCUGGUUUUAUUAUUUUUUUAAUAGAAUGAUUUAACACUCAUUGAUGUAAGUUACAUUUCAGCUUUCAUAUUAACUGUACACUCAGCAUGCAGCAGUGACGAUCUGUUGUGUUGGAUUAAACUGCUUUCACUAUGAAAUUCA